AUGGCUACAUGCGGUCCACAACAGACCAUCAUCAAUGAAGGAAAAAAGCUAUGCUGUUACUAUGACACGAAAAAUAUACCAACAAUUGGUGUUGGCUUCAAUUUACAACGUACAGAUGCUGCAACAGUUAUGGCAAAGUACCAUUUGACACUUGCAAAUGUCUUAAAAGAUUGUAGCCAGAGCACGUCUAAUAGCUGCCUGAAGAGUGAAGACGCUGACGGUAUUUUCAACACCAUAUCAUAUCCAGAAGCUGCUGCCUGUGUUGAUCGAUAUGUACCCAAUUUACCAACAAUCAAACGGGCGGGAAUAAUUGAUGUGGCCUUUGCUGGUUGUGCGACACUGAAUAAAUUUGUUAAUAUGAAAAAUGCUUUAGAAAGAAAAGAUUGGAAAAAAGCUGCUGAAGAAUUGCGAAAUUCUGCUUGGUGUCAGCAAGUGAAAGCAACACGAUGUGAUUCAGAUUAUAACUGUAUCAUAGAUGAAUCAUGCUCGGGUCAAUCUUGUGGACAUUUCACGACGACUUGUUCAUCGAAUUCUGAAUGUUCCUGUUUUCGUACAUCAAACGGUACUGGAUUUUGUGCUUUAAGUGAUUCGUGUUCAAAAUUUACGGAUUGCACUUCCUGCCUUUCAUCAACUUCAGUAUGUAUUAUUGACUCAUGUUGUCAACGACCAAUAUGUUAUCCAUUAUCUUUGGGAGAAUCAUGUACUUCCUCACCAAGUGGCCGUAACUUUCAAUCACAUGCUCAGCUAAACUUGAAACCAUCUCAUGAAACAAUGAGUGGAAUGUAA